AUGGUGGGAGAUAAAAACGAAAACAACAAUCCUGUUGUUGCCAUACCGUUAUCAUCCUAUCAAUGUCCAAUUCUAAACAAUACGAACUAUACGUUAUGGGCCAUACGAAUGAAGAAGAUAUUAGUGGCAAAUGGAAUUUGGGAUUUACUAGAAGGAACGAGUACAUCAAAAGAGAUAGAUAUAAAAAGGGAUAGUUCUGCAUCUGCAUAUCUAUUCCAAGGAUUGCCAGAAGAUUUGCAAAUGCAAGUUGCGGGAUGUGAAACAGCAAAACAAAUUUGGGACUCGUUAAAGUCCAGAUUUGUUGGGACAGAAGAUGUUCAACAAGCGCACUCGCAACAAUUGAAAUCAGAAUUUGAGAGACUCUUGAUGAAAGAAGAUGAAUCAAUAGAUUCAUUUGCCAGAAAAUUGAUGAGCAUUAUUACAAAGGCUGCUACAUGUGGAUUGACAUUUGAUGAACAAACGAAAGUACGAAAAUUACUCAACGCAGUACCAGAUAAGUUUAUACCAAUAGUAGCAACCAUUGAAAUGGUUCUUGAUUUUAAGGAAGCGAAAUUGGAAGAGGUUAUUGGGAAACUUAAGACUUACGAAAAAAGGCUUAAGUUUAGAAAAGAAAGUAGAGAAGACAAUAGUGAAAAGUUGUUGUUCACACGUCAAGGGAAUGGCAGAAAUUAUGAACGCAACUAUGGAAACAAUAGAGGAAGAGGUGGUUAUCAGACAAGAGGAAGAGGCCAAGGAAGAUUCGUAAGAGAUAACAAGAAUGAAGAUAGUUUCGAUAGAUGGAAGAAAAACCCUAGAGAUCAAAACUAUCCAAGAAGACAACUUAAAGACGUGCAAUGUUAUAAUUGUCAAGAUUUUGGACACUUUGCUGCAAAUUGUCCAAAACCAAACCAUAGAGAAGAAAAAGCAAACCUUGUGUUCGAAGAUGACGAACCAGCGCUAUUGAUGGUUAUUACUAAGGAUGAAGAGGAUACAACAUCCUUAAAAGAAAUGACGAGAAGGAAUGGAAUUGUCAUUGAGAAAAAUGAAAUUCCAAAAGCAAAAUUAGAAGACAUAAGGUCAGAGAUAGAAACUGACUUAAGAAGUAAACUAGAGUUUUGGAAGUUUGAAUUACUCCAAGACUUUGAGAUGGAGAAACAAGAGUUCGAGAAAAAAAUGAAAGAUAGAGAGAUAGCAUUUGAGAAACAAAUGCGAAAAGAGAUAGAGAACCUGAAGAAGAUAAGAGAUUGCACAAGCAAAGAGAUAAAAGAGUUAAAGACAAAAAGAGAAACGCUUGAGAAAGAAAACCAUGGAGUUUUUUGGGAUAAGAAACUCCUAGAAGAAGAACCAAGAAUUGACGAUGGUGAAUGCAAGAAGCAUCAAGAGACGCCAUCAAGAUUUCAAAAGGAAAGCAAGAUUGAGAAAGACAUCAAGUCAAGAACCAAGAAAGUUGAAUACGAAGAUCGUGAUAAAGGAAACAUAUUGUUGGAGAUUCAAGACUAUGAGAUAAUACAAAUGAUGGAAGAUACCGACAAAGUUAACAACAAUGAUCUAGACGAGAUUGAAGACAAGGAAGAAAGUAGCCAAAUCAAGGAAGAAAUUCAAGACAUACUUCGUAUUAAAGAUCAAGACAAAGAAAGUGGAAACAAGCCAAAGUUCAAGGAUAAAGACAAUGAAGCACUUGAAGAAGUGAAGGCAUGGAUUAAUAAAUUAGGGGGAAGUAUUGGAUAA